AAAAAAAAAAGCAAAAGCCUGCAAAAAUGGGCCAAAACCUCUCCCUCUCCGAACCCUUCGCCGACACCUCGGGCGUCGUCCUCUCCCCGCAAGACCGCCAUGCCGACAUCAUCGUCGGCAUCACCUGGGCCUGCUCCAUCUACGGCAUGGGCAUCAUUUUCUGCGCUGUCCGGCUGUUGGACCGAUGGUCCGGGGAACAUGGGGAGCGGGGCGUCGGUUUUGCGGGGGUGGUGGGUGCUUUUCUGUGCGGGAGUGCGUGGCCUUUGGUCUUGGUUUAUUUGAUGGUUACGGAGAAGGAGGUGGAAAGAAAAGUGCAAGGGUAUGGGGUUCCUGUUAUGGGGAAGGUGUAGGUUUGUUGAAGGUGUGAGGGGGUGUCGUGAAGAUACUUCUAGGAAGAGAAAAAGGUAGGCUUUCGGGCUGGAAGUGUGGGUGGACGGGCGGGCGGGAGAUGACAGGCAGGAUUUUGAAUGGAAGUGUGCAUGGUGAAAGGGAGGAGAGGAUGAUGGAUAGGAUAGGAUCUGAUGGGAUGGAGUAGGGAUAGGAAGGGUGCUUUUUUUUUUUUAGAGAGCUGUGAAAGGAUGAAUGAAGAGCGAGGAGUUGGUGUUCGAUGUGCCUCUGGAAAAGUGCGACCAUAUCCCUGUUAGCGCACUACGUUCCCACACUCAAUCGCCUGUACAGUCUUGGCAAGAGGUGUGUGUGCGUGCACACACACACACCGCAUUUGACAAAUCUGGCCAUUUGACAUCGCUUUACACGACUCAACUCAAUCGUUUAACAUCGAAAUCUAGCCAAAACUAGUACAAAAAAUCGAUAUUUUAAUACUCUACGUCGUACAGUA